AUGGACGCUUCUUUUGCCAAUAAGGCCAUGAUCUUCCUAAUUUGGCUUAUGGCUCUCACUUUUUGCCCAUCCGCUCGGGUUGAAGCUGGAUGCAGCGAAGAACAGAACAGAGCUCUGUUGGAGAUCAGAAACUCUACACAUGGUCUACUAUUUGCCGAUUUAGACGGGAGUCGUGAUUGUUGUUCGAAAUCUAACAUCCUGUGUGACGAUGAUGGGAAAGUAAUCAGAAUCUUUAUGCAGGACGACUACGUGAAGCCGCCGUCAAUAUUCAAAUGGUAUCCGAAUAUGACUUUGUUCACCUUAUUCAAUGAACUGGACUUUCUUGACCUUAGCAGCAUGAACAUUGGAGGAGAGCUUCAAGUUAGUGGCAUGGGCAAUCUACCUUCAUCGAUUUUCUCUAAUCAGAGCAAGAUUACGACAUUUGAGGUCUCUGGUAAUCGAUUAGAAGGAGUGUUGUCAUUUUCCAUACUUGCCAAUGCUUCUAGUCUUUACCACCUCGAUCUUUCAAACAAUUACGAGUUGGAAAUCGAAACAGAGUCUCCCUCUUGGGUGCCCACUUUUCAGCUACGUAAACUGUACUUGGCAAACUGCAGCCUCAACAAGAAGAAUGGUCACGUUGUCCCAACCUUCAUAUCCACCCAAUAUUUAUUGUAUUCGCUAGACUUGUCUAACAGCCCAUUAGAAGGAAGCGUACCUUGUCAUCUAUUUUUCAACACGAAUAUCACAAAGUUGUUGUUGAGUGGCAACAAAAUCGAUGGUUCUUUCCUUGACUGCUCUGCUAAUGGGACUUCACCACUUGAGUGGUUGGACAUAUCCGGUAAUCAUGUCAAAGGCCAUCUUCCAGAAAAUAUUGGAUAUCUUCUUCCAAACUUAUAUGGUGUUGACAUGUCCUCAAAUGCAUUAGAAGGCAACACAUUCCUUGGUCCUUUGGUAAUCCGCCUCUCGAAUAUAUAG